UUUUUAAACUAAGUUAGCCUCAAAAUCCUGUUGUCAGAUGAUACUGAGAGAACACGUUUAACAAAACAAUAUAUAAGCCCAAGGUCUUUUGAGAUGCGUGUUUUAUGUUUCAGACUCUUAUUGUGAAAAGUUAUGCCUUCCAUUCCAGACGCUGGUCUCCGUUAGGGGGCGUGGCCUAUAUAAAGGGCUCAGUGACGUCGUACACACAGUAUUAAAGAGCGUCUCCUAGAGAACACAUCUCAGAAGAGAAGAGGUUUUACAUAAGUCGAUAGCUUAUCUGCACACAUUUUAUUCAUUCUUAAGACAUUUAAAUCACAGAAAAAGCAUCAAUGGAGACCAUAAUUUACCAGGAAGAAAUAAACAUGCUGAACAACUUUUUGACCACAGAUCAUCUUGAGCGAUACCAAGAUGCCAAGGUAUAUUUUUUUGAAACUAUCCGAAAAAUGGGUCGAGCGUCACAAGUGGUCAUUAAGGCUUUGGAGGACGAACAAAAGGCCCACAAUGAAACCAAGAGAAAUUAUGAGCGGACUACUGAAACGCUGAAAGGGAAAGACUGUCUCAUAAUUUCUCUUCAGGAAGGCAUUGCGACAGGAGAAGCGAAAGUUUUAGCCGCUGAACAACUGGCAAACGAUUACAAGCAGAUGUUACUUGAAGAACAAAAGGCUCAUCAAGAAAUGAGAAGAUCUUACAGUGAAACAGUGAACACUUUGAUUGAAAACAACGAUUGUCUGAAGGUUUCAUUGAAGGAACUGAGUGAAUCAAAUCAAACCAGUGAUCUCAGUCCCACACAAGUGGAAGAGAUUUUUCAGCGGGGAUUAGAAAAAGCAAAAAGCUCUAAAUUAGAGCCAAAAGACUUAAUCAUUAGUAAUCUGCAAUCUCAGAACAAAGCGCUCUGUGUUCAGAUUCAGCACAGCACAUCCGACUUUAGAAAGGGCCUUGAAGAAACACGAAAGGGUGUUAUGAGGGAUCUCCAGGAGCUGAAUGCUUUCUGUCUGGGCCUCGAAGAACAUUUUCAAAGUGGGAUUGCAAGCUACAAGCAACAGGUAGAAUUUUUAGAGCAGGAACUAGAAAAAGAGAAAGCAUCUCAUGCUGAGACGCGGGAAACACAACAAAAUAUUAUUCUCACUAUUCAGGCAGAGAAAGAGGCGCUCCGUCUUCAGACGAUGAAGGCUGCCGAUGAGAUUCAACGGCAGUUUGCAGAAGAAAAACGUCAAUUAGAAGAGAAUCUGGAGCAGAAAGACGUUUUGUAUCAAAGCCUCGACGAUACAUAUAGAGCUGAGCUUUCAGAUGUCAAACAGCAGAUGGAAAAUUUAAGCCAGGAGUUAGAGGAGGAAAAACAAAUUCGUAAAGAAAGAGAAGAAAUGAUUUUUACUAUUCAGGCAGAGAAAGACGAUCUCUGUUCCCAAAUGCAGCAGCAGACAUCUGAUUUGAACAAAUUGCACGACGAAACAACGAGAAAUUUUAUAAAGAAGCUUGAGGAGAAAGACGUUUUGUAUCAAAGCCUCGAACAAAAGUGUGAAACUCAGCUUUCAGAGCGCCAUCAGCUGAUUGAGAGUUUGAAGCAGGAGUUGGACACAAAACGGCAACAACAUUUCGACGAACUCCAGGAAACUCAGGCACAGAACGACGCGAUCCGUCUUCAAACGAUGAAGGCUGCCCUUGAGCUGGGACGGCAGUUUGAACAAAACAUACGUCAAUUAGAAGAGAAUCAGGAGCAGAAAGACGUUUUGUAUCAAAGCCUCGACGAUACAUAUAGAGCUGAGCUUUCAGAGAGCCGUCAGCAAGUAGAACAUUUACACCGGGAAUUGGAGAAAGAAGUGAAAGCUCGUAAAGAAAAGGAGGAAAUGAUUAGGAUUGUUCAGGAUGAAAAAGUAGAGCUUUAUAAUCAGAUGGCAGACAAAGCACGAGCUAUGGAAGGACAGUUUGAAACAGAAAAGAGGAAUUUUAUGAAAGAUCUGGAGGAGAGAGAGGUUUCUUGUCAGGACCUCGAGAGAAAGUAUAAAACUGAGGUUUUUAAUAGUAAACGGCAGCAACAGGAGAUGGAAAAAGAACGUGAAGAAGCAGCACAAACUAUUUUAACUAUUCAGUCUGAAAAAGAGGCGCUUAGAGUCCAGAUGGCACAGCAGUUAGACGUAGAAAAGAGCACAUUUCAGAAAGAACUGAACAAUACACAAAGUUUAUACCGGGACCUUAGAAAAAAGUAUAUGGAGCUGUUCUUUGUAGCAGCAAAUAGUUGCUAAAUCUAUAGAUACCACGCGUCAGCCUGAGGAAGUCUGC